UUUCCACUCCGUUCCGUGUCCCGCUCCCUGUCCCGUUCCUGUCCCGUUCCUUGUCCCGUUCUCUCUCCCGUCCCUGUCCCGUUCCCGGUGCGCUCCCCGCAGGCUCAGGAGCUGAAGGAGCGGGGGAACCGGGCUCUGGCGGCGGGGGACGUGGGGGCGGCCGUGGGGCACUACUCGGCCGCCAUCGCCCGGGACCCCAACAACCACGUCCUGUUCAGCAACCGCUCCGCCGCCUACGCGCGCCUCGGCGACUACAGCCGGGCCCUGGCCGAUGCCUGCCGCACGCUGGAGCUGCGGCCCGACUGGGCCAAGGGGUAUUCGCGGAAGGCGGCGGCUCUGGAGUUCCUGCAGCGCCUGGAGGAGGCCAAGGCCACCUACGAGGAGGGGCUGGCUCGGGAGCCGGGCAACGAGCAGCUCCUGCAGGGCCUGCGCGGGGUGGAGGCCAGGCUGGCGGAGCGGAAGCUGCUGAACCCCUUCAGCGCCCCCGACCUCCUGGCGCGGCUCGAGGCCGACCCCCGGACGCGGGGGCUGCUGGGGGACCCCGAGUACCGGCGGCUGCUGGAGACCCUGCGCAGCGACCCCGGGCAGCUCGGGGCGUCAGUGAGGGGGAGGGGGGCUCCAGCCCCCUCUCAGCCCCCCCCGACCGAGGAGCUCCCCCAAAACAAGCAGGAGGCCCAGAAGGAGAAGGAGCUGGGCAAUGCCGCCUACAAGCGCAAGGAGUUCCCGGCGGCGCUGGAGCACUACACCCGCGCCGAGCAGCUGGACCCCACCAACAUGACCUACGUCACCAACCAAGCAGCCGUGUACUUCGAGACGGGCGAGUACGAGCGGUGCCGGGCGCUGUGCGAGCGCGCCAUCGAGGUGGGCCGGGAGAACCGUGAGGAUUACAGGCAGAUUGCCAAGGCGUACGCGCGGAUCGGGAACUCGUAUUUCCGCGAGGAGCGCUACAAGGACGCCGUGCACUUCUACAACAAAUCCCUGGCCGAGCACCGCACGCCCGACGUGCUCAAGAAGUGUCAGCAGGCUGAGAAGAUCCUGAAGGAGCAGGAGCGCUUGGCCUACAUCGACCCCGACCUGGCGCUGGAGGAGAAGAACAAAGGCAACGAGUGCUUCCAGCGAGGGGAUUACCCCCAGGCCAUGAAGCACUACAGCGAGGCCAUCCGGCGCAACCCGCACGAGGCGCGGCUCUACAGCAACCGCGCCGCCUGCUACACCAAACUGCUCGAGUUCCCCCUCGCCCUCAAGGACUGUGAGGAGUGCAUCCGCCUGGAGCCCACCUUCAGAGGCGGCCGAGGGGCUGCGGCGCUGCGUGCGGGGGCAGCAGCAGCGCUCGGAGCCCCAUGUCCCCGUGUCCCCUGUGUCACUCUGUGCCCCCCCAUGCCCCCCUGUCCCACCAUGUCCCCUGUGUCACCGUGUCCCCUGUGUCCCCAGGAGGCGGCCGAGGGGCUGCGGCGCUGCGUGCGGGGGCAGCAGCAGCGCUCGGAGCCCCCCGAGGAGCUGCGGCGCCGGGCCCUGGCGGACCCCGAGGUGCAGCAGAUCAUGGGGGACCCGGCCAUGAGGCUCAUCCUGGAGCAGAUGCAGAAGGACCCGCAGGCCCUGAGCGAGUCAGUGACACCGGGGGGGGGACACCGGGGGGACACCGGGGGUCCCCAGGGCCGGGUGACCAAGACCAAGGACGGCCACGAGGUCAGGACGUGCAAAGUGGCCGACAAGACCGGCAGCAUCAACAUCUCCGUGUGGGACGAUGUGGGCAACCUCAUCCAGCCUGGGGACAUCAUCCGCCUCACCAAGGGCCCCCCCCCCACGAGGAUUUGGGGGUCCAAGCCCCCUCCCACAAAUAUUUGA